GGCAAAAUAAACUCAAGAGCCCGACGAAAAACGUUUCAUCAGCAUUAAAACGACACCGUUCCCUCCUAGCAAAUUGUGUGGAUCGUCCCGUGAUGCCUUGCUCAUAACUCCUCCUUCUCUUCUGCGUAUUCUUUUAUUAAGCACUCCCUUGCCCUUAACAAAUAUGGCCGCGGAGCCGCCAGGGCUUUUCUCACAGCCGAGAGCUAACUGAAAAAAAGUCCCCCGCUUUAAAAGAAGGGAAGAGCUUCUCCACAGCAAGCCUGACACCCGGAAGGACGCUGUCACCAGCUUUCUGACAUCUUUCUAAACGGUUUCUGACAUGAAGAUCUAAUCUCGGCCUCUCCUUGGAAAAUGCCGGUGAUUCAGUGGCUUCAGCUGCCGCAGGAAGUCCUGCUUCUUAUAUUCACGUACCUGUCCCCGGCUGAGAAGGCGAAUGUCCGCGCCACGUGCACCUACUUACGGAACCUCGUGGACCAUCCGUCUCUGUGGAAGAACAGCACGAUAGUUUUCAAGAGCAUCGGGAUCUUUAACGCCAAGUUCUGGGAUACCCUUCAGGCCCGCAAGAUCUGCUCGGUGGAGGUGAGCAAAGUCACUCUGAAACAGUUCAAGAAGAUGGCCAGCUCGCUGCCGGACAUCACCAGCGUCCGCAUGGACUCCUGCUUGAAGGGAGAGAUCCUACAGGGCCUGAGACCGCUUUCCAACUUGAAGCAGCUGCACCUGACCGACUGCUCCAAUGUAACGGACCACGAUAUAUUUACGGAAAUCGUUUUUUUCCAACACCUUACCCAUUUAUCGCUGUGCAAAGUGACUUUCUCAAGUGUCCUUCCGUUAACCAGCAUAGUCCUGCUGCAGAACCUGUACUCCCUGUCGCUUCACUCGAAAGAAGGCAUUGUGCCCGAAAGGGCAUUGCAGUACAUCUUGUUUCGGCUACCGAAACUCCGAGAGCUGUCGCUCGCUAUCGGUAACAUGAAUAAAUGGAAGCUCUCUCUCUGCUUCAACGUGCCUGAUAACUUUGUAUCCGCGGUUGAAGAACAGCCUUGUAUUCCAAGACUCCAGCUCCAGAAACUCGAGCUGAUGAACUCCGGUUGUGCCAGCCUCUCAACCAAUGCUUUUGACCAGCUGUCCACCCUCAAAAGCGUUUGCCUGCGGCAUUACAAGUACUUGCAGCACGAAGACUUCAUUGAAACCAUUCUCCUGAAGCUGCCCAACCUCACUGAGCUUAAAAUUGAAUGGGCCGAACCGUUCAAGCCGUUCAUGGGUCCGAUAUCUUCUAAACUAGAAAACCUCAGCGUGAUGGGAACCAAGAUCUCCGACGCCACGCUUGUCUGGAUCGCAAAAAGCGCCCGCCAGUUGAAGAGCUUAAACCUGAGUUUUUCCCAUGGCUAUGAUGAUGACAUUGUGAAAAGGUUCCCCCUUUUGUUUCCACAUCUGCAGAAACUCUACCUCAGCAAUACAAGGUUAACAGAAGAAGCGUUGAUUGUGUUGGCCAACCUGUACUCCUUGCGAGUCCUUGACGUCUCCAACAACCUGCAUCUGACCCCGGAAGCCAUCCUCGCCUUUAGAAAAAUAACAUGUAACAGAGUCGGCUUGAUCCUUGAAAGGCCGAUGGAAAGUGUGAAUUACUGCUGCUGGUGACCCCCGACUUAAAAAGGCAACUGUGAGUUUUCUAGGAGCACCGAAUGAACCGUGAAGGACUUUCUACGCCACUUCGUACCGCUGCCAGAAGCACAAACCAGGAUCUGUGAAACCUAUUUAUAAGGAGUCUGGUUUUAUUUAUUUUGUAAACUUCUUCCCUUGCAAGGUUUGGUAGCAAGGAAUCUUGUGUGUAUAUAUAUAUAUAUUGCCGUUAAUGUUUCUUUUGAGCUAUAAAAAAAAAAAAAAUAGAAAUUUCUGUACUGCCAUGGGCCUCACCUAAACCUUCAGGUAGGGCCGCUACGUCAAUCUCUAGUUCUUGGGCGCCGCGGACCAAGAUCCUAAUCAGAAGAGAUCCUAAAAUGCUGCCAAGGUCACAGUGCUCAAGGACUAAAACUUAGCGCUGCUCCCGUUAAGCCGUUUGCUGCUGCUCCUCCGGCUCGUCGGAUCUGUUUUCCUUGGGAUAAUUAAUGAUGAAACUUGUUGCUGCAAAGCGUUCAUUCGCAGCGGGGAAAAUUGGUUAUAUCAUUAUAGUGUGUUAUGUGGUGCUUUUUUUGUUUUAUUAUUAUUAUUAUUGUUGUUUUAUACACCUAUCAUUCAUGUAUGUUGUAAUUGGGUAAGUGCCUACUAAUGCAAGUUGAUCAUGUUGUUAAUUUUAUACAUGCUAGGUAGAGAAUGAAAUCGAUAACAAAUUGGUCAUUUUUAAAGAGACUGAAAAUUAAAAAAAAUAAAA